UAUCUAUCAGCACUAUCUCAAAGAUAAAAGAAUCGGAAAGAUAAAAAUAGUUUUAAAACAUAAGACACUUGAACUAGAGAGAAGAAAAACUGCGUUUAGAUCAUUGAUCUGGUUUUACUGAAGUGUAAAAUCUACAAACAGAUCUUCAUCAUGAUACCAUUUGUGGUACUGUUCUCUUUGGUGGUGCCUCCUUGUAUUAUUGGUCAAACUGUCACAAAAUAUGCCGACAUCGUUACCGGUCUGACAGCAGAAGGACGCUACACGACAUUCCUAGAAUUACUCAACACGGCUGGAUUCAUCUCACGGAUCAACGCAUCAUCUCACUUCACGGUUUUCGCACCCACCGAUGACGCCUUUGCCAAGCUCCCCUCUGACGCACUCGACCAAAUAACGAGCGAUCCGGCACGUCUGAAUGAGGUGGUGGGCUACCACGUGACGUUCAACAGCUUCUACGUGCACGGCACACAAAAAGACGUCAUUUUAAAAUCCUCGAACAAUCUGCCCAUCAGGAUAAACACCUACAGUUUAUUGCAUACGGUUACAGCAGAUGGCGUGAGAAUCAUAGAGCCCAACAUCACAUUCACGCGAGGCUACGCGCACGGCCUGGAAGGUCUGCUCACGCCGCCGAAGAAAAUCGUCAUGCAGUACAUCCUGAACAGGACAGACCUCAGCAUGUUCACGUCCUGGGUAGUGGACAGCAACCUGAUCAACUUCAUCACAGAUGAUGAUGACGUGACUGUCUUUGUACCAAACAACGCCGCCUUUCAAAAACUUAGCGCCGAGACACACACCUACCUUAACAACCAUCCCUCCGUUAUUCAAGAAAUUUUGAAGUACCAUAUCGUAAGCACGAUGACCGUAUUCAGCGCAGGUAUGAAGAAUUCUAUGACCUUGACCUCAGCCGAUGCCCACCACGAUGAGCUAAUGGUUCUUGAAGAUUCACAGGGCGGACUUCAGGUGAACCACGCCAAGAUCGUGGAGAAGGAUAUAGCGACGCUUGAUGGUGUCAUCCAUAUCAUCGAUAGUGUCUUGAUCCCUUACCGGACGCUGGUCAGCAUUGCUGAUCAGGGCAUUGUUGUUGGGUAGUUGUAAAGGAUCUAUGUUUUAUUUGACAAGUCCGAUGUUUUUAUGUGCACAGUGUCAAUGUUCUCAAAUUGAAAAAUAAAAUAAAACUUGUUUUACGGAAAACUCCUUUUAAUAUAU